CCGCGCCGCCCGGGCGCAGCGGGCGCCUCGCACCGGCCGAGGCGCUGGGCCUGCUGCUGGCGGCGCCGGCGGGCGCCUGCCCGCCUGGCGAGGCCGAGGCGCCCAGGGACUUGCUCUGCCAGCUCGAGGGGUCGCGCGCGGGCGGGGGCCCCGCCGGGGAAGCGGCGCUGGGGCCGGCCGAGGAGAUCGGGGCUCAGGAGCUGCCCCCGGCGCUGCGCGUGCGGAACACGUUCCUGGACGCGCCGCUGCAGAGGUCUCCCUCCCUGGAGCGGUUCAUCGAGCCGCGCCUGUGCAACUCCACGCCGCCGACGCCCCAGGGGCGCGUGGGCCGCCCGCAGAUCCUUACGGCUCUGGACGAGGACCCCAUGCCCGCCUACCUGAUCAACACUCCGACGGAGAGCGUCCUGGACGGCAUGUUCCGCAGCCCGAAGGGCGAGUCGCUGACCUGGCCCCGCCCGGUCUCGCCGAUGCUGCAGAUGGGGCGCCUGCACCAAGCCAGCCCCCGCCUCCAGCCGGCGGUCCUCAGCCUCUCGGAUGCCAUCGGCGCAGUCUCCGGCCCACCCGUGGCAGCGGCAGCGCCGGCCGCCGUGCCCGCAGCUGCUCCGGCCCUCUGGGAGAUCAUGGGGUCGGGCCGCUCGCCGGGCCAAGACGCGCUGCCGAGCCGCGGCUCUGCGCUGCACCGGUACGGCGCCUGCAAGCCGUGCGCCUUCAUCUACCGAGAGGGGUGCAAGGGCGGGUCCGAUUGCCAGUUCUGUCACUUGUGCGAGCCCGGCGAGCGCAAGGCGCGCAAGAAGGAGCGGCUGGCCAUGAAGCGGGACAGCCUCGGGGAGGCGCGCCGCGAGGAGCCCUCCGUGAGGCGUGGGCGGCUCGGCGGCUGCUGAGGUGGCCGCGCGCAUGGGGGGG